AUUCUUUCUAUACUUUUUUCAAGAACAGUGGAAAGUUAAAAGGAGGCCAUCACUCUCUUUUUUCUUAAUUUCUUUUAUAAUUUCUCUCUAUCGAUCUGCAUAUUCCUUCAGCCAUGGACAGGCCUCACUGGCCACAGGAGAUAGUAGUGAAGCCAAUGGAAGAAAUAGUCCAAAACCCCACAAAUUCAACUAGUAACAACAACAACAACAAUAAUAAUAAUCUCUCAAAUAAACCAUCUUCAAGUUCUUCAUCAUCUUUUGAAAGAAGAGUCAGACCACAAAAAGCAGCAGCUGUAAAUUGUCCAAGGUGCGAUUCGACUAACACGAAAUUCUGUUACUACAACAAUUAUAGUCUUUCACAACCAAGAUAUUUUUGUAAGACUUGUAGAAGGUAUUGGACUGAAGGAGGAACCCUUAGAAAUAUUCCUGUUGGUGGUGGAUCAAGAAAGAACAAAAGAUCAUCAUCUUCUAUUUCUUCGGUAUCGAAAAAGCUUCCUGAUUUAGCUAUACCUUCUGUAUCUACAUCCUCCAAUAUACUAUCUCAUCUUCAUCAUGAUCAUUAUGGACAAGAUCUAAAUUUAGGGUUUCCAUCCACUCAAAAUUUCAAGAACUUUUCGGAAUACAUCCAACAAGCUAAUUCGAAUACUAAUGCCACAAUUAGUACUACUUGUUCGGGUCAUCAGAUUUCGGCUUUGGAAUUGUUGACUGGAAUUACAGCAAGGGGUACAAUGAAUAAUUCUUUCAUGAUGACAAGUACUCCUAUUAUUGAUCAAGACCCAAAUUCAUCAGCAGCAGCUAAUUAUAAUUCAGUAGUAUCUAUGAUUCCAAUGAUGCCAGAAUUCAAGGUUCCAUCAUCACUUGGGUUUUCUUUAAAUGGUGGUGGCAAUAAUAAUUAUGGGAAUAAUAGUCUAGUUGAAAGUAGUACUAGCAGUGGGAGGAAUUUGUUUCCUUUUGAAGAGCUGAAAACAACAACUGAUCAUGAUCAGCAAAAUAGAGAUAAUGAUGAUCAAAAUGGUGAUUCAAAUGGAUUCUGGAAUGGCAUGAUGGGUGGUGGUUGUUCAUGGUAAACAAAUCUAUCUAUAUUUUUAUAUAGUCUUAAGCUAAAGCCUGUCCUUGAUUUCUUUCAUUUCAAUUACAUUCUUCGAUCUUGAUGUAUCAAAAUUGUGGGUGGCCGGUGAUGAGUUCUUAAUUGCUAUUAAUUUCUUUGACAAA